AUGACAACAAUCUCAACGGCCGUCGACGCGCCCGGCGGGGCAGCAGAGAAGGGACUUGGAAGCGAUGUCGACCGUACCGAGUCGAACGGCGGCACGACGGCGCUGGAAUCCAUUGAUCCUGCGGCGGAAAAGAAGCUCCUACUCAAGCUCGACGCAUUCUUCGUUCCGAUCAUCAUGCUCGUCUAUCUUACCUGCUUCCUCGACCGAACCAACAUCGGCAAUGUCAAGGUGGCCGGCAUGCCUGAAGACAUUGGUGCCUCCCCUCAGGAGUUCUCGACGGCUAUUUCCAUCUUCUACGCAACCUACGUCGUCUUCGAGCCGCCCUGGACGAUCAUGAUGAAGUGGAUGACCCCGCGAAUCUUGCUCACAAGUCUGUGCGUCAUUUGGUCGCUGUGUACCAUUUUCUCGGGCUUCAUCACGAACGUUGCAGGGCUCUACGUCGUCCGUUUGAUUUUGGGAGCAUGCGAGGCCGGCCUGUUUCCCGCGCUGAACCUGUAUCUCACAAUGGUGUACAAGCGAGACGAGCAGGCGAAGAGGGUUUCGUAUCUGUUUGUCUGCACGGCCAUUGCGGGCGCCUUUGGCGGCUUACUUGCGUAUUCCAUCCUGAAAAUGGAUGGCAUUGCUGGAUAUGCAGGGUGGCGAUGGGUCUUCAUCAUCGAAGGCAUCUUCAGCGUCAUCAUUGCGCCCAUCAUCUGGUGGGGACUGCCGAACGACCCCGGCAAUGCGUACUUUCUCACUGCCGAGGAGAAGCAGAUGAUGAAAGUACGAGCGAUGCAGCGUGCUCAGUACAUGGGCAGCGAAGACUUUAGCUGGGAGGAAGUUAAGAUUGCUUUGUGUGAUCCGAAGCUGUAUCUCAGCGGUCUCAUCCAAUUCUGUCAAGACAUCCUCCUUUACGGAUUCAGCACUUUCCUUCCCUCCAUCAUCGUCAGCAUGGGAUACACGAGCAUCGAGGCCCAAUACCUUAGUAUUCCCGUCUACAUCUUUGGCGGUAUUGCAUUCCUCGCUGUGGCGUACGUCUCCGAUCGCAUGUGUAUCCGUGGUCCCUUUGUUCUUCUGGCCAACAUCCCUGGCAUCCUUGGUUAUAUCCUCAUCAUCUGCCCGACUAGCAAUGGCGUCAAGUUCUUUGGUACUUUCCUGUGUGCCGUGGCGGUUUACAACGGUCCUGGACUGAACCUGACGUGGCUCAACGUCAAUAUUGCGCCGCAUUACCGUCGUGCCACGGCCAUUGGAAUGCAGCUUGCCAUAGGUAACUCUGCGGGUAUUGUCGCGGGACAGAUUUACCGCACGGCGCCGUAUCUGCUGGGCAAUGCCUUCUCAGUCGCGGCGUUGGGUCUGGCGCAAAUACUGGUCAUUGUGAAGUGGCUAUACAUCCGCCGCUGCAACGAGAUGAAGAGGAAGAUUGCAAGCGGGGAGAUUGAGGACAAGCGAAAAGUGAAGACUGGUGACUGGGAAUUGGAUUUCCAUUAUCAUUUGUAA